CCGCGACCCUCGCGGCGACGACGACGCCGACGCCAUGCACCCCGCUGUCAUUUGACCAGCGGCAGUACCAGGUGCAGACGACGGAGAGCCAUAUCGGCGUGCUGAUGGUGCUGGUGGCGGUGCCGCAGGCGCACGUCAUCGGCUACAACGUCCGCACCCCCGGGUUCAGCGCCACCCUGGUUCUUAACAACGUCACAGGAGUGAUGCAGAAAACCGUCAAAAUGCGUCACCAGAGGGUAGUGCUGCUGGUACAGGCCGUUACUGCUGGCACUGUUGAACGGAACUCUACUAACAGCACAGAUGUAGUACAAGCCGACGAAACUCUAAUCAUCGUGGAUAUCAUGGACGAAAAUGACUCGCCCCCUGUUCUGAACUGCCAUCCGUACGGCGAUUCCUGCGCCGAUUUGGUGAUGGGGUUCCCCUCGGCAGAAACGGCCACCUUACCGGCUCCUCUGCUCCGGCUGACCGCAACUGAUGAUGACACUGGAUCGUACGGCAUCGCCGGCAUCAAGUACUCGCUCAACUCGACUGCGUUCAGCGUGGAUCCGAGUGGGCUGCUCUACCUGGUGGACAAGCAGGAUGAACGCCAGGUGGUGGAGAUUGUUGCUGAGGACAACCUUGGCAACGCACCGUCAAACAGUGCCAAAGCUGAGCUGAUGGCGGUGCCAGUGGCGGACAAUCAGCUGUUCUUUGUCCGCACGAGCCGUCAGCUGACUGACGCAGCCGCCGUGACGUCACUGCUGGAGGAGAUCCGAAAGGCAGGCAGCUACAAAAUCGUCCAGUCCCUGGAGUUUCAAGCCUUGAACUACGUUGCGCAGACGACGGACGGGCGCCACGGGUCGUCUGGCACCGGAGGUCGGCUGUAUAUUUACGCAAUCCGCCGAGACGGCCGGGGACUGCACCAGGCGGUCGGCCUUGACGACUUUCGGCAGGCUAUCACAAAGAUGGCGUCGCCCAAAAGCGUCCAAUUCGUCGAAACCAGGGAGGAUCAAAAGCAUCGAGGUGACGACAGGCAGUCAGUCGUGACUGGGCUGGCUGUUGGCCUGGCUGUGGUGGGCGGCCUUCUUCUCAUCCUCAUCGUCGUCGUCGUCGUGCGCGAGCGGACACAUCGGCGGAACGGCGCCGAUAUCAGCGUCAGGGACGUGUCUCACUCGGCGGCGAUGUAGGCGCACGGUACGCAUCCCGUGGAAAGAUCGGAAGUGGGUCAAAGACGGAAUCAUCUGGAGCACCGUCCUCUGUCACAAUUGAGGAGAAUAUCACGGAGGAAAAAAUGUCGUGGUGAAAGGCGGAAAUUUUGCACGAUUUUGCGUGUGGCUUGCCAGGUGAUCCCGAUGAUGCACCCGGACGGUAAAUACAGAGAUUUCGCAAAGCGCGUCGAGAGAAAGGCCUAACUUCUCUGAGGCUGGAUUUCAGUCUCAGCCGACGCCGAGACUGGACCCCGGUCUCAGUCAUCGCUGAGACGGGACUCCGGUCUCAGUCAUCACUGAGACGGGACUCCGGUCUCAGUCAACACCGAGACUGGACUCCGGUCUCAGUCAACACUGAGACGGGACUCCGGUCUCAGUCAUCGCUGAGACGGGACUCCGGUCUCAGUCAUCACUGAGACGGGACUCCGGUCUCGGUCAACACUGAGACGGGACUCCGGUCUCAGUCAACACUGAGACGGGACUCCGGUCUCAGUCAUCACUGAGACGGGACUCCGGUCUCAGUCAACGCCGCGGCUGGACUCUAGCCUCAGCCAACACCGAAACUGACGCCGCAGCGUUCUACUCCGCGCCAGCUGCGCUGGAAUUACGUCAUCAUAUCUGGAAUACCUGCGGAAGUGUUUCGUCGUAUGCACUGUUGUGUUGGAUUCCCAUCGUGAAUCAUGAAAUAACGGUCCGAAAAUAUCACAUGUGUGUAAAUGCGAUGUCGAAUAUAUUUCGAAUGACGGAACGUCUAUCACGUAGUGCCGGAAACUAGCUACAAGUCUGUAAGAUGUCUGGCUUCACCAGUAACACGACUAUCCAAAUCGCCAUCAUAAAGGCACGUGCCAUCUCUUCAUUACUGUUCAGAUCCCGGGCUAAGCAGGCGAACAAGGGUUCAAAGAGCGGACAUGCGAUCAUACCAAUAGGCGACAUGUUGCAGUCUGCACAGGGAACAGACAGUGCCCGUGCGAGGCCAUCGAAGGAACUAACAGAACACUCAUACAGCCUCCGCCAAAGCUAUGGUCCAUUCUCUUUCACGCAGCGGCCUUUAGCUGGGCACCGUCGACCCCUGCGCGCCGCGCGAGGGGUGUCGGCUGUUGGACGGCCGACGUUAUGUCAGGUGGAGAACGUAGCGCCCCUCUACCCCCGGGUGGAGAACGUGGCGCCCCCCUCCCCCCUCCCCGGGUGGGCAACAUGGAGAACCCCUGCGGAUGGAGGACGUAAGUAUCUUAGUGCUCUCUCUCUCUCUCUCUCUCUCUCUCUCUCUCUCUCUCUCUCUCUC